GUUUGAAUGUGUUUCACCCUGAUUGGAAUAACCUGCCGCAGGUGAGAGAGAAGCCUGUGCUCCCUUUAGUCUGUGAAGUGUCACUACAGCAUCUUUCUUUGCUGGAGGAAAAUAAAUGACCAUGAUGGGAGUUUGGGCUGCAUUGCUGACGACCUAUGGAAUCUCUAUAGCUUUUGCAAAGAACUCUGCAGAAUUGGGAUUAAAAGGACAACCUGCAUUGGAUCUGGCUCCGAACGCUGUUGACGACAUGUACGCAGGUUGCAGAGACAAGAUGGAGACCAGAGUGCAGAAGCAGUACCUGGCAAAUGAGAAAAACAAAGACAAAGAUUUCAUGCUGGCCUGGGGUGUGGCAGAGAAAUAUUACAACAAACAAUGGAAGCGUAAGGGAAAGAGGCCGUCCACGGGCCUGGGCAGAGAACAGAUCAUGGCUCUCUAUGUUUACAGCCUCGACAAGCCCAGCGUAUAUCUCGAGUUCAACGAUGCAGUUCGAACUAAUAGAUCUGUGUACAUGACCACGUUCAAGUAUCACGCACUUCACUUUUUCCUGACCGACGCCCUUCAGACGCUCAGCGCUCGUAAACCUGAAGCGGAAAGAUGUCUGACUGGGUACAGGAGAGUCGACAGCUACUUCAGUCAGGACGUCCUCAACAAGCUGAUUCGCUUUGGCUCUUUUACCUCCAGCUCAAUGGGAUGGUACCCCAGCUCUGAAAGGUUCGGCGACAAGUCGUGCUUUGAGAUUGUGACGUGCUCCGGAGCGGACAUCUCGCUGUACUCGAAGCUCGGAGAGGCAGAGAGAGAAGCGCUCAUUCCUCCCUAUGAGGUCUUCAAAGUGGCAAAGAUGGAGAGGAGAUCUGACCUCAAGAGUCUGCCGUGUGAGGUGGUGUAUAAACUGAAGAGUACACGCAAAACUCUCUCCAGAUUGAACUGUUCCCUUUUUAAAAAUCAACAACCCCACGUGUUCUCUGUUGUACGUGUGAAGGAACCCACAAAACAAUGACGACUAUUCUUUAAUCGGGUACUUAGCUAACACUUCACAUUUUUUUAAAUGAACCGUUUAAGAGCCUGGGGAAGCAAAACACAUGACUCACUUUUGUAGUUGCAUAAAAAAUGUAAUGAAUAUCAAGAAUUUGUCAUUGUAUACAGUCAUAUUAUUACAAUAAUUGUACUGAGUUGCAUUGAAUUCUGUCCAAAGUAAUAAAAGAUCAAGUUUUUUUCCAAAUUGUGCAUUUAUGUCUGUUUAUAUUGUCUGUUUUCAGAAUGUUCUUUUCUCUUAACACGGCUGAAGAAGCCACAUGACCAAUGUAUUUUGCACUAAUCUAAGACUUUUCUAAAUCAGGGGCUAAAAAGAUCCAGGCACAAUCCCUGAUUCAGUAAGGUGCCCAUUUAAGUCAGACCUAUUUUACUGUUUGCUCUAUAGCUUUGUGCAAAGCCACAUGUGUUGUGUGCUUUAAAAAUCAACAUUCUUAACAAAUUGUCAUAUUUAUUGUUGGUAAGUGACUAGUUUUUUAAGACUGCUCACAGGACAGGGGCGCUUCAAGGGCCAAUCAGAUGGGGCCACUGCCCCCUGGAUCUGCUAUUCCCUUUACAAAAUCAUACCCUGAUUUUCAUACAGUUCCAGUGUGACACAUUUACUGAAUAAACCCCUCACUGUUCACUAGUCAGUCCAACAAGA